CUACAACUACCACAACAACAACAACAACAAUGGGGAACAAAUGCUGUAGCAAACGCCAGGACCAGGAACUUGCACUCGCCUAUCCAACCGGCUAUAAAAAAUCCGAUUAUACCUUUGGCCAAACACACAUCAACAACACUGGCCAGAAACACAAUAAUGGUGGCUCUCUGGAUUCCCGCUACACACCCGAUCCAAAUCGUGGUCCAUUGAAAAUUGGUGCUAAGGGUGGUGUGGACAUAAUACGACCGCGUACAACACCAACCGGUGUUCCAGGCGCUGUGGUGGCUGGUGGUGUUCCCAAACGACGUGUCGUUGUGGCUUUAUAUGAUUACAAGUCGCGUGAUGAAUCGGAUUUGAGCUUUAUGAAGGGAGAUCGUAUGGAGGUAAUUGACGACACAGAAUCCGACUGGUGGCGUGUUGUGAAUUUGAGUACACGGCAAGAGGGUUUGAUACCGCUGAAUUUUGUGGCCGAGGAGCGAAGUGUCAACAGUGAAGACUGGUUUUUCGAAAAUGUUCUACGCAAGGAGGCAGACAAACUGCUGCUGGCCGAGGAGAACCCACGUGGCACAUUCCUGGUGCGACCCUCAGAACACAAUCCAAAUGGUUUUUCAUUAUCCGUAAAAGACUGGGAAGAUGGUCGAGGUUAUCAUGUUAAACAUUAUCGUAUAAAGCCUUUAGAUAAUGGUGGCUAUUACAUAGCAACCAAUCAGACGUUCCCCUCCCUACAAGCUCUAGUUAUGGCCUAUAGCAAAAACGCCUUGGGUCUCUGCCAUAUAUUAUCGCGACCCUGUCCCAAGCCACAGCCACAAAUGUGGGAUUUGGGACCAGAGUUACGCGAUAAAUACGAAAUACCCCGUUCCGAAAUACAAUUGAUACGUAAAUUGGGCCGUGGUAACUUUGGUGAAGUGUACUAUGGUAAAUGGCGCAACAGUAUCGAUGUGGCUGUGAAGACACUACGUGAAGGUACCAUGUCGACACAGGCCUUCCUUCAAGAAGCUGCCAUUAUGAAAAAGUUCCGCCAUAAUCGUUUGGUUGCACUUUAUGCGGUUUGUUCGCAGGAAGAACCAAUUUACAUUGUACAGGAAUAUAUGUCCAAAGGAAGUCUUUUAGAUUAUUUACGCGAAGGCGAUGGUCGCUAUUUACAUUUCGAAGAUCUCAUUUAUAUAGCAACACAAGUAGCCUCAGGUAUGGAAUAUUUAGAAUCGAAACUGUUAAUACAUCGUGAUUUGGCGGCACGUAAUGUUCUCAUCGGCGAGAAUAAUGUUGCGAAAAUAUGUGAUUUCGGUUUGGCGCGUGUCAUAGCCGACGACGAAUACUGCCCGAAACAGGGUUCACGUUUCCCCGUCAAAUGGACAGCACCCGAGGCCAUUAUCUAUGGUAAAUUUUCAAUAAAAUCUGAUGUCUGGUCAUAUGGUAUACUGCUAAUGGAAUUGUUUACAUACGGACAAGUGCCAUAUCCCGGUAUGCAUAGUCGUGAAGUUAUUGAGAAUAUCGAGAGGGGCUUCCGUAUGCCCAAGCCAACGAAUCAUUACUUCCCCGAUAAUAUCUAUCAUUUGCUGUUACAAUGUUGGGAUGCGGUGCCGGAGAAGAGGCCAACAUUUGAAUUUUUAAAUCAUUACUUUGAAUCGUAUUCGGUGACGUCUGAGGUGCCCUACAGAGAGGUGCAAGAUUAGGAUAAGUUCAUAAAUAUACAAUAUUUAGGUAUAUUACUAUAAGUUUAUAUAAGCCUACCUAAAACAAAACAACAAAA